AUGAAUCGACUCACAUGGUACACCCCUGGUGAGAGCACCGAAGAGCUUUUAUGUCAAGCGGGUCAUGUUGGAAUAUAUGAAGGUGAUUUAAAAAAUACACAAUUCGAGCAGGGAACAGCGUCAUUAACCCUUCAGCGAAUAAUCUGGGCCGAUUCUAGUGAUCCGGAUCGUCGACUAGUGCUUCAUCAUUCUUUAGUUCUAUCUAUGGAGAAACAUCACAAAUCAAUGUUUAGUAAAGGAGGAAAAAUUGUUGUAAAACUUGACAAGCCGAAAGGCAAUCAAGUUGGACCGGUGAACUCAAGCCAAUACGACACGAUCCGGUUCGUUUUCAGACAUGGAGGAGAAGAUGACUUUUUUAAAAAAUAUGAAGACGCGAUCAGACGGAAAACGUGGCAAAGAUCAAGUUCGAGUUCGAGUUCAGGCUGUUCACGCGCCAGCGGAAACUUGAGAGCCGUUGGAAUUUCGGGCAUUGAACGAAGACUUGCUGAAAAUCACCAGAAAACUCAUGAAACCAUAACUCAAGCUUUCGACGACAUGUCGAAACUAAUGGAGACGGCAAGGGAAAUGGUCAAUCUUUCUAAAAGUAUUUCCGAGAAAGUUCGGACUAGGAAAGGAGAGAUUAGCGAAGACGAAACAAUCGCAUUCAAGUCUUAUCUGUUAUCUCUUGGAGUUUCGGACCCAGUAACAAAAUCAACGUUUGGUGGAUCCGAUUCUGAAUAUUAUCAAUUGUUGGCGAAAGAAAUUAACGAUACGCUAUUACCAACUAUAAAGGAGCAUGGAGGAAUGAUCGCACUUCCCGAAGUUUAUUGCCGUAUUAAUCGCGCCCGAGGCAUGGAAUUGCUCUCCCCGGAAGAUGUGAUGAACGCAUGCGAGGCUCUUAAACGGAUAGAUUCGCCGUUAGAAUUACAUCGAUUCCCAUCGGGAGUUUUUGUCGUCCAACUAAAAGAUGCAUCGGUUGAAAGCACUGUUGAACAAACGCUUGAAUUGGUGGCAGCUUUAGGACGAGCAUCUGCAAACGAUCUUGCCGAAAAUUUAGGAAUUACUGUGGUUUUGGCUAGAGAACGACUUCUUGCUGCUGAAGAAAAAGGUCUAAUAUGUCGCGAUGACUCAAUAGAAGGAACUAAUGAUUUUCUAUUGUUUCCUCGAAUUAUUCAAGAUCUUGUCGAUAAGUAUUCAAUUAGACACAUGAUGGUUACAAUGGGGCAGGGAAGAUGGAGAGUUAAAGACUGGGGUGUUCCUCCACAACCUUCUUCAGUUCCUGGCGCUCAAGUUUUAUUACAAUUCAAUGCUAAAAACGAUAAUGAAGCCGAUACGAAAGUGAAAACGAUCGUGGAAGCGUUGAAUGGUAUUCUGUGCACCUCAAUUUCACAUUUCCCAGUGCUUACUUCUCCUGAACUUUCAUUAUUCUCAUCAGUAUCAAAAAAUCAUAACGUGUAUACUAGGUACGGAAUAGUUAGCGGAGAAACAACAUGUACAGAAAACCUCACAAGACUCCGAAAAUUGUUAGCAUGUCAAGAGAAUGGACUUUCUACUUCAUUGCAUCCUUCUAAACUAUAUGAUGUUUUAUAUCAUAAUUCAUACAUCGUAGUUGAAAAUAAUUGCGAAAGGAGUUCCACAAGGUGUCACAUGAAUAUGGAAGUUGGAGUUAGUGCGGUUUCUCGACAAAUUAGUAAUAAACUGCAAAAUGGACCUGAAGAGCAAGCGGAAGUACAAAUUUCUCAACUUAUUCCGUAUUUUGUGAAAAUUCGAUUUUCUAAAAUAGAAAUUAAAUGCAAUAAAAAUGAUUUGGUAGUAAAAGACAAAAUAUUCAAAACAUCUCGAAAUUCCAAAAGUCCAGUUCUUCUUCAGUACCAACUCCUUCUUCCAAAAGGUGCACUUUGCGAAAUAAUUAUUCCAUUUGAGAAAUUACUGUUAAGACGGGAAGAGUAUCCACCUGAUGCAAACCACGGAAUGCAUAUUCCAGCAGCUGUUGUUUUAGUGGAAAACUCAAAAACUAUAUACACCAUUCAUGCAAAUGCGAUUCUCAUUGCUCUUCCGGUGCCCGAUUUUUCGAUGCCUUUUAACGUGAUCUGCUUUGUCGGAACAGUUUUCUCGUUGAUUCUGAGCCCUAUCCAAUUGUAUUCCACUAUGUGGCUUGCACCGGAGAUCAAAUCACCUAGUAAUAUGAUUCGAAAAUUCUACAAAUUAAUUUUAUUGGGUCUAAUUUGUUUCUGCCUCUAUGCGCAUUUCAUGGAAAUCAAUUUGAACGAAGCAAUGACCUCGUCGUUGUUCCUCCAGAUUUCUCUGCUGGCAUCUCUUACAACAUUUCUUUUAUCAUUAACAGCUGUGGCUUACAUUUUUAAUGAUGUUGGUGCAAUGUUUUCAGAAUUAGACGAGGAGUUAUAUAAUCUGAAGACGAACACAGAUUCGAUUUGGUCAUCCAUGCUCGAAAUUCGAAACGAUAUCGCUAGAAUUGAACGAAUAAAAAGAGAAAUUGAAAAGAGGGCUAGUGAUUAUUCAGGAUAUCAAGCUUCUGUCAAAGUAAGUGACUUCAUUCAAGAAGGGUCUGGAGAAAAUCCUGAUGAAGAUUUGAAACUUGUCGUUCGAGAACCAAUAAUACCUCUGGCAGGACCCCUUUGCGCAUGCUUUAAUCACGAAUCAACUUGUCCCGAAGGACCUGCAGGUCCUCCAGGAGAACAAGGACCAGAUGGUGAAGACGGAAUUGAUGGAGUGGAUGGAUACGAUGGAUUUGAUGCACAUCCAAGUGAGCCAGCUAAGCCAACAAAAGCACCGUUCACAUGCCCAAGAGGCCCGCCGGGAGAUCAAGGACCAGAAGGUCCGCGAGGAAAAAGAGGUUUGCGUGGUCCCCGAGGAAUUCCAGGAAAACCUGGAAAGAAUGGAAUGCCCGGAUAUCCUGGCGAUAUCGGUCCUCCUGGACCUCCUGGCGAAGAUGGAAUUGUCGGAGAACGAGGUGUGAAUGGAAUUGAUGGUGUUAAAUAUAUACCAAGAAAUGGUGUCAAGGGUGCUGUUGGACCAGCUGGAAACGAAGGCCAUCCAGGAUCUAAAGGAAAACCUGGAUUACCGGGACCACCUGGAAUCCCAGGAUAUGAAGGAAUGUUUGGAUUACGAGGAAUAGCUGGACAACAGGGCCCCGUUGGACCACCAGGGCCUCAAGGUUUACCGGGAGAAGAUGCAACGUACUGUAAAUGUCCUGAAAGAGAUAGAAAAGAUCAAUCAGCUGUCGACGAUUCACCUAUCUUAAGUUAA